UGAACACGUCUCAGUUGAUAAAAAUACAAGAUGGAACUCAGCUUCAUUCAGUGUACAGUAAAAUAUUAGACAGCUUAUAUUUUCGCUUCAUAAGACACGAGGAGAUAUAUUUGCGCCGUUUUGUGCAUGUAUUAUGAUAAUUAGUAAAGCGGCACCUGUGACGGUGCGGUUCAGCCGGACUUGUUUUGGAAGCGCACCGAAAGCCCGGGUUGGAGAGUGAAGCAUGGAGGAAGACACAUGAGACAGAGAGUUGGAUGUCUUAAACAGGUAACCGAUGUGGAGGAGCUUGCUGCUGAAGGGCACCUCCUGUCUCCUGCAGGUGGCAGCCCGAGGCUCCGUAAAGCUGCUCCACCAAAGACGUUAUUCAUCCGCCUGUGUGAGUCUCUUAACCCAGAGGCUCACUCACAGGCUGGCUUCAUGUUUCCUGCACGGACAGCUAAGGGGUCCAGGCUGCGCGCCGCUCACUGCGACCAGAACGUACAAAAAGGACACCAAGUCCACCAUAGACUUCCCCGCGAGCCACGUCACAGUCACAGACAUCAAACAGUAUCUGCGCUCCAGAGAUAUUCCAUUCCACGAUGGGUACAGCUGCCUGCACACCCCCAGCAUCUUUUUGGAGCCGGCCGCCAGGAAAGACAGCUCUCUGUUCAUCGACAAAACCACCGGCCAGUUUCUCUGUAAAGACACGCUGGUGGAAGGGAGCUGGGAGGACCUGCAGGACUGCCUGGAGGUGAUGCACAAGGAGGGCCGGGACUUCCUCAGUCCACAUGUGCUGCUGGGAUAUCCAGAGAGUGUGGAGGAGCAGGAGGAGAGAGAGAGGGAGCUGAGGGAGGUGCAGAACAUCUGGUCCAGCUCUGUGCCUCUCUCUGACGUCCUAGAGGAGGAGGCUCAGCUGAUAAAAACCAUGUUUCAGAUCACUAAGGUCUCUAACGCCACCCUCAAGAGGUUUGGAGUGAGGCUCUUCAAGCCCACCAAGAGCCUGGUUUUCCCCUGGUUUGGAGGACCGACGGCCAGCUUGAAGGGGCUCAAGCUCCUGUCCGCCCAAAGCACCGAGACUGGAAAAGUGACUUACAACGAAGCCACAGUCCCCAAAUGUAGCUCCUACUACAACCUGUUUGGGCUGCCUCUGGUGGGCCGUAUGGACUCUGAGGUGGUGCUGACAGGUCAUGAGCUGGACACGCUCUCUGUGAGCCAGGCCACGGGACUCCCCUGUGUGGCUCUGCCUCGCGGGGUCAGCUGCCUUCCUCCCAUUCUUCUGCCCUACCUGGAGCAGUUUAAGCGGGUGACUUUGUGGCUGGGGGAUGACAUGCGCUCCUGGGAGGCGUCCAAGAUCUUUUCUCGCAAGCUGGGGCUGAAGCGCUGUGCCUUGGUGCGGCCGGGAGAGUACCACCCACGCCCGGUGGAGGCGCUGGCCCAAGGAAAGAACUUAAGCCGCAUCGUCAAGACGUCCAUCCCAGCGGCUCAUAAGUCCAUAGUGUCCUUCAAGCAGCUCAGGGAGGAUGUUUACGGGGAGCUGGUCAACACAGAGCAGGUGGCGGGGGUGAAGUGGACAAGGUUCCCAGAGCUCACCAAGAUCCUAAAAGGCCACCGGAAGGGGGAGCUGACGGUCUUCACAGGUCCUACGGGCAGUGGGAAGACCACCUUCAUCAGUGAGCUGGCCUUGGACCUUUGCAUGCAGGGUGUCAUCACCCUGUGGGGCAGCUUUGAGAUCAACAAUGUCCGUCUGGCGAAGAUCAUGCUGACCCAGUUUGCCAUGCAGAGGCUGGAGGAGAACUUGGAGCAGUACGACUUCUGGGCUGACAAGUUUGAGGAGCUGCCACUCUACUUUAUGACUUUUCAUGGGCAGCAGAAUAUCAAGACGGUGCUUGAUGCCAUGGAGCAUGCUGUCUACCUCUAUGAUAUCAACCAUGUCAUCAUCGACAACCUGCAGUUCAUGAUGGGACAGGAGCAUCACACAGUGGACAAGUUUGCCGUCCAGGACCACAUCAUCGCUGCGUUCAGGAAAUUUGCCACCAACAGCAGCUGCCACGUCACUCUGAUCAUCCACCCCCGGAAAGAGGAGGAUGACAGAGAACUGCAAACAGCAUCCAUCUUUGGAUCUGCUAAGGCCAGCCAGGAAGCAGACAACGUGCUCAUCCUGCAGGAGAAGAAGCUGGUCACCUGUCCAGGCCGCAGGUCCCUGCAGGUGACCAAGAACCGCUUCGACGGAGAUGUGGGAAUCUUCCCCCUGGAUUUCCUCAAGUCUUCGCUCACCUUCACCACCCCCAUCAAGGGCAAGCAGAGGCUGAAGAAGGUCAGCAAGCCGGAAAACGAGGAGGUCAAGGAAGACAACAAGGUGGUGAAGAAGGAAGAGACAAGUGCGAAGAAAGAGAAGGCAGAGAAAGCCGCCAAAACAACGAAAACACGAGUGGUAAAGACUCCUGCAGCAGGAAAGGAAACGACGCCAAAGUGAACAUGUGGAUCAUCAGUACAAUAUUGGUCUUUACUGAUAGUACAGAAGAAUCUUUUUCACCACGUUACCAUAAUAUUUGAAGGUCAGACGAGAAAAGGAAAGCUGAUCCCUGAAGCCAGCACUGGAUCCAUUAAUGAUGGUGUUAUGUGAUAAUUAUGAGAUGAUGAUUUUUGAUAAAUAGCGUCAGACAGAUGGCUUAUGUUCGUAAUACAAUAGAGAGUUAUAUGUUCUAUGGUGGUAAUGCAUAUAUAAAUAUGCAGUAUAUAUGACUGAAUGUGAUAUGAAAUAACAGCUCUGGUAUUAGUUAAUAAUAAAACAUAUAGUUAGACCCGAAGAAGUCCGUUUAUUAAAGAUGAAUUUCAUAAUGGAAUGAAAUACGGAGAAUUCACCCAGCAUGUAGAAAGAGGCCGCGGAAGUAUUAGUCUUUGUUAAAGCUGAACGGUUUAAUCCAUGUUGGACCUUUGUACAGUUUCUAAAGCUUUUGUAUACAGCCCUCACUGUAUGUUACAACUGACAUGUGGAUGAAAUUUCUCAUGUAUUUAAAGUUCAUACACUACUGUGAUUCCAAGAGGUUUUCUGUAUUUCAUGAUGAAACACUCUGUCCAUGUCCAUCUGUCAGGAUGGUGUAAGCACUUACACAUUGCCAUAAUGUGCUUUCUACUGUUUUUGUUUGUUUGUUUGUUUGUUUUUUUAACACUGUUGAAACUUGAAACUUGAACGAGAAGCUUUUCUUCAAUUAAAAUACCUGUGAUA